GUGGCGGCGGGAGCGGAUUUCGCGAAGCUUGGGGAUCUCUCGGUGUGCGGGUUUCAACCUGUGCGUGGCACCAGGCACGCCCCGUCCCGCCUUGCCUGGGUGUGGCGACUGAAGAGUCUCUUGCAGGGAGGAAGGUCGUCCACCUGCGUGUGAGCGGCAGCAGGCCUGGUGUAGUGAGACCGUUAGGGCUGAAAGUGCCCCUCAGCUGCCGGCCGUGUGGGGUAACGGCGGGAAGGAGAGCCCGGCUAGGUGCUCCGGAGCGGAAAAGCUGCCGGAGAGGCGGAACUAGCAGCGGCAAAAAAUAAGGGAUGGGAAUUUGCUGAGGAUUUGUCAGGAGGGUAGCGGAGAAGUACUGGUGGUGAUGAUGAUGGAAAGUCCGGAGCAACUGAAAUAAUGCCUUACCUGGUUUGAGGAGCUAAUAGAGCUUUCUGUUUGCAUAAAGCAUAACAGAAAAUGGAAGAUGAGACUUCACAAGGUGAAAUGGAGAGGGCAAAAGGUGAAACACAUGCUGCCCCUGAGACUGGUCGGCAGAUAUCGGUUAGCGAGUUCCUGUGCCACUGCUGUUACGACAUUCUGGUCAAUCCCACCACUCUGAACUGUGGACAUAGUUUCUGUAGACAUUGCCUGGCCUUGUGGUGGGUAUCAUCCAAGAAGAAUGAAUGCCCUGAAUGCAGAGAAAAAUGGGAAGGGUUCCCCAAAGUCAACAUCCUUCUCAGGGAUGUUAUUGAAAAGCUAUUUGCUGAUGCCCUUGAACAAAGAAAAGAAGAUAUUCAGCAAAACAGUGAUGUAGCCCGCAGCUUAGCAACCUUCCAAAAAUAUGGGAAUGACCAGAUCCCUACAGUUCCGAACACGGGAAGAAUUAAUCCUCGAGGAGGAGGGUUUUUCUCAGGCGUUCUGACAGCUUUAACUUGUGUAGCUGUAGUUCUACUUGGAUAUCACUGGAGCAGCAGAGAAUUUGAAGAAGAUCUUCUUGUUCAUAAACCGGUUGCUAAAUGGACUGCUGAGGAAGUGAUACUUUGGCUAGAGCAGCUGGGUCCAUGGGCUUCACAUUAUAAAGAAAGAUUUUUACUGGAGAAAGUGAAUGGAAGGCUUCUCCUAACACUGACAGAGGAGGAUUUCAUGAAAGAUCCAUACAGCAUAGAGAACAGUAACCACAGAAAAGCUAUUAUGGCAGAACUGGAAUGUGUGAAAACUUUAGGUGUUAAACCACCACAAAACCUUUGGGAAUAUAAGGCAGUAAAUCCAGGAAAAUCACUCUUUCUUCUUUAUGCACUGAAGAAUUCUCCAAGGCUCAGCAUGUUAUACUUAUAUUUGUUUGAUUACACAGAAGCUUUCCUGCCUUUUAUCCACACAAUUUGCCCUAUGCAAGAAGACAACUAUGAAGAUAUUGUCACAAAACUAUUAGACCUUAAAGAUCCUUCUUGGAAACAGUGGAGAGAAUUCAUUGUAAAGUAUUUAUUUUUGCCAUACCAGUUGAUAGCUGAAUUUGCUUGGGAUUGGCUGGAUGUGCACUACUGGACCUCAAGAUUUAUAAUUGUAAAUGCCAUGUUACUCUCUGUUCUGGAGUUAUUCUCCUUUUGGAGACUCUGGUCAAGAAGAGAAUUAAAGACCAUUCCUCACAGAAUGUGGAGAUAUUUCUGGAAGGUGUCAACCCAGGGUCUCUUUGUUGCUAUUUUUUGGCCUUUCAUUCCUCAGUUUGUCUGCAAUUGUUUGUUUUACUGGGCCUUGUACUUUAACCCAAUUAUAAACAUUGAUUUAGUGGUUAAAGAGGCAAGGCGUCUGGAGACACAAGUGCAGUGACUGUCAUUGGAGCUUUUGAGCAGUUGAGCUUCCAUAAAUGGACAUUUGAAAUAAAGUUUGCUUCUUGUCCUUAUAUAUGUGGCAGUGGAAAUCGUGGAUUAUAUUAAUUUAAACAUACAAAAAAGCCUUAAGGUAAGUUAUUCUAAAACCAGCUAAUUUGAAAUCUGAGAAUGGGAUUUAUUACCUGAAAGGAAUUUUCUAAUGAAAAAUAAAAAACCAAAAAAUAAUCCCAAACAUUCCUUAUAUAACCAUGUAAAAUUUAUAGAAUCCUAUCACCUUACUUUUGAUCAAAUCAAAUUAAAGUUGUCUGGUUUUGAGGGUUCUGGUGAAUUUCAAACCUGCCUUAAAAUCAAUGUCUUCUGAAGAGCUACACUGCUUUUUUAUUUUUUAUUUUUUUAACUUAGCAUUUCAUGUCAGCAAUUAUGUUUACCAAAGGACAGCUCUUCCUGGAUAGGCUUGAUAUUGAAAACACUUCAGUGUUUUCAGUCUGCUUUACAUUUAAAGGUGUGGCUACCAAAUACACAUUUGCAGUAGAGUUUCUUCUAAAAUUCCUGCUGUUGAAGGCAAAGUCUGCUUGAAUUUUCUUGUUUUUUGGAAAAUGUGAUUGGCAUUCAGAUCACUUUAUCAGUAGCUUCUUUAAUGCUCUCCUCUUCAAGUUUGUUGCUAUUUCUUAAAUUUAGGGUUAUCUCUUCAAAGUAACUGUUUUGGACAAGUGACCUGAUUACGUCUUACUGCAAUAUUAAGUGUAUAUCUUUAUCUGUGAGCAAAUAUUGACUGCAGAGUUAUUUUUCUGUAAACAGGAUUGCCAUUUGUUGAUGUGUUUUUUGACUGAAGCAAAAGUUAGAUUUUCAAAGAGCUUUGACCCCUUGCAUUCUAUAUUGGUUUGUUUGUUUUGGUUUUUUUUUCCAUUUGUUUCAUUAAUAUGAACUUUAACUUUGCCUAUUACUAUUUUUAAAGAUUAAAGAUCUCUCUUGAAAUCU